CCCCCCCCAACAAGUGAUGUUUGCCAAGGCAACCGCAAACUUUGUCCGUCAGAUCGACCCGGAUGGAACUCUGAUCUCUGUCUCCCGCCUUAACGACUCAGACAAAUUGGUUCCCAUGGCACUGGUCGUCAAGCGCAACCGUUUCUGGUUCUGGCAACAGCCCAAGUACCAGCCCUCUGGCUUCACACUCAGUCACCUGUUGUUAGGAGACAAAGAGCUCACUCCAGACGUGUCUGAGUCAGACUUCCUGUCCUAUGAGGGGAGGUUUGGAGACAACCUGAGUGGGAAGCUGGACGCCAAGGCUGGGAACGUCAGUGUCAACUUGGAGGGGGGGGGCUCCUCCAAGCUCCAAUCAUCAUUCAGCAAGCUGAAGAAGCAGGAUGUUGAUGUACAGAAGCUACUGCUAGCCUCCAAUGACAGGGUGGUGGACAUGCAGCACGUUCUAGUGCAGCAGUGUCAGAAGCAUACAGAGGUGUUCGCUGUGUUGAAGGAGAGGGUCCUAACCACCACCCCCUGCUCCAUCUCAGAACAGGUCCAGGAACAGGGCACCUGCCAGAGGGUUCUGGGACUACUGGGCAACCUGGGGACACAUGCUGUACAGGAGAAUGGCAGUAUAGAGAUGGACAGUAACGUUUCCUUGGAGAUUCCCCCUCUCACUGUCAUCGCCUACAGCCUCAUAGAGCUAGAGGUCAGGAAAGACGGACACUAUGAGCUGUGUCUCCAGCAUGGUACUCUGGGAGGAUUCAAGGCAGACUCUGGGAGGACCUCGCCGUCCCAGGAUUCCUUUGAUGCCCUGUGUGUAGUGGACGGGCUGGAGUGGACGGAGAAGGAGAUUCCUGAAGGAGCACCACUCGGCACACUGCAGAAAAACUUGCAGGGGUUGGACUUGGAGGUCUAUGCAGGUCAGUUAGCAGUUCUCCCAGAGUCGACCCGGUUAGCUCUGUUCCAAAGACUCCUGGAGGUUCUAGUGGACAGAACCACACUCUCGGUUCUGGAACACAUGUUGGAGGGGUUGUGCAGAGGUGAGGAACCUGACCCUGCAGAGGUAAAGCAAUUAGCUGUGACUCAAAACAAAUCUGUUUUCGCCCUAUUGGACCUGGUCCAGAAAGGCCCAACCAAUGAGAUACAGGCUGACAGAGCCUCCGCCUCCCCUCACCUGACCGCCACUCAUCUGCUGGUCAGCGCCUUGGAGGCGUUGCCUGAAGCUGCUCUGACUCUGCUGGGAGAAUCUAGCCCUGAUGUCCUGGAAGCUCUCAACACUCUGGUGACCAAGCUAAAGGUAAACAGUCAGUCCCUCCCCCUUGAGUCGCUGCCCCUCCCCCUACAGGAUGAGGGGGCAUUCCAUUGGGCAGAGCAGCUCCUCUUCUCCUCCAAAGUGACGCUGCGGAGAGAGACUGACAGGCUGUGGGCGGAGACAGGAAGAAAGCCAGGAGUUUUUCCAUUGGUCAUAUGCAUCGCUGUGCAAGGACUGACAUCUCUGUAUGCUGGGAAAGGGUAGCAUGCAUAGAUGGAUGGAUGGGUAUGUUUAAAAUGUAUUACAUUUGAUAAAUUCCAGUGCAUUGCUUGUGUGUUUGCCCUAUAUACAGUCGUGGCCAAAAGUUUUGAGAAUGACACAUAUCAAUUUCCACAAAGUUUGCUGCUUCAGUGUCUUUAGAUAUUUUUGUCAGAUGUUACUAUGG